CCUUCUCGGCAUCAUUCCUUCCUGCCGCUGUCAUGUCUAUAUAGACACUUCCGCCGGAAGCGCUUUCCCUUUCCUUUCGGCAGCACGGAGCAAGAUGGCGGUGCAAAUCUCCAAGAAGAGGAAGUUUGUUGCCGACGGCAUCUUUAAAGCCGAGCUCAACGAGUUCUUGACCCGUGAGCUGGCCGAAGAUGGCUACUCCGGCGUGGAGGUCAGAGUCACUCCAACCAGGACCGAGAUCAUCAUCCUCGCCACCAGGACCCAAAACGUUCUUGGUGAGAAGGGCCGACGUAUCCGUGAGCUGACCGCAGUGGUCCAGAAGAGGUUCGGCUUCCCAGAGGGCAGCGUUGAGCUGUACGCUGAGAAAGUCGCCACGAGGGGUCUGUGCGCCAUCGCCCAAGCAGAGUCCCUGCGUUACAAGCUUCUGGGGGGUCUGGCUGUGAGAAGGGCUUGCUAUGGAGUUCUGCGCUUCAUCAUGGAGAGCGGGGCCAAGGGCUGCGAGGUUGUGGUGUCCGGAAAGCUGCGAGGUCAGAGAGCCAAGUCCAUGAAGUUCGUCGACGGCCUCAUGAUCCACAGCGGAGACCCCGUGAAUUACUACGUGGACACGGCCGUGCGCCACGUGCUGCUCAGGCAGGGUGUUCUUGGUAUCAAAGUCAAGAUUAUGUUGCCCUGGGACCCAAGUGGGAAGAUCGGCCCCAAGAAGCCCCUUCCUGAUCACGUCAGCAUCGUGGAGCCCAAAGAAGAGAUCCUGCCGACCACCCCGAUCUCCGAGCAGAAAGGAACCAAGCCCGAGCAGCAGCCGCCGCAGCCUCCUGCCAUGCCCCAGCCUGUGCCCACGGCAUAAGUUGCUGGAAAUGGGAUCCGCGGAGUUUGGAUACAAAAAUCUAUAAAAUAAAAAAACUUUAAAAAAACAAA